AUGGUAAUGAGGGUUAAUGGGUUUGGGGAUAUAGAGUGUGAGCAUUAUACUGAUGACGAAGACGAUCCCGGGCUUAGAAUGAGAAGCUAUGAUGGCUGGCAAAGAGCUUUGCCAAGGAAAAACAAUACCGUUUCCAAUUUAGAGAACCUUAGAGCUAGGGUGAUGGGUACCAGAAAAUCUCUCCAAGAGGCCAUGAAUGCUGCAUCAAACAUGAACACUACAAUCGGAGAUGAAUUUGAUGACAGGGACAUGGAUGCAAGGUUGACUUGCUUUGAUACAGGAGGUUAUGUAGGGGUUUGUCCAGGAGUUGCAGGAGCAUGGUUGCAGUGGACAUGCAUGCAGGGCUGA